AUGUCGACGCAGAGUAAGCUCCUGGAGUGGCUCCCUUUCCGGGCUGACUUUCUGGAUGAGCUACUGCGCUUUGAAGGGUGCGAGGAGUACAUAGAAGACGGGAAUGUGCUCUGUUCGAUUUGCACAGAAAACUUCGCGACAGUGCGAUGCCGCGACUGUGCUCGACGACCACUAUGCUGUGAGUCUUGUCUUAGGACGAGGCAUGCAGACAUGCCUUUGCAUCGGAUUGAGAAGUGGGAUGGCGCAAAAUUCUUGCAGUGUUCGUUGCGAGAUAUCGGUCUCAUUGUCCAACUAGGACAUGACCAAGGUACUUGCGCACACCCGGCUGAACAGCCUCGUCGCAUUAUUGUAGGCCAUACUUCUGGUGUCCAGGCAGUCAGUGUUCGCUUCUGCGAGUGCCUUGAUGACAACUGUCACUUCAUGCCAGAGUGGUGCCAACUCUUCCGGUUUGGGUGGUUCCCCGCCAGUACACACUCCCCGGCGACCACAUUCACCUUUGACCUUCUCGAUACGUUCCAAGAGCUCAGCUUUCAAGGGAAGACAAAUCUCUUCGACUUCUGGCGGACUAUAGAACAUAUAACUGACAAUUCUGGCGGGCACGAUGUCUUUGACUGCUACAAGCAGCUAUCACACACAAUGAGAAUAUGGCACCACCUAGUUAUGUUGAAGCGAUUUGGGCGGGCGCAUGAUCCUGCCGGACCAGAUGCGAUGAAGCCGGGAGAGCUGGUGGUUGAAUGUCCAGCAUGUCCGCAUCCGGGUCGUAAUAUUCUGCCAGAUUGGGAAGCCGCGCCGCCCGAUGUCAAGUCAGUAUCAUAUUUCAAACCGAGUACGAAUAUUACUAAUGAUGUUUUAUUAGAUGGCUAUACACCCUGUUCCUUAUGA